AUGAGACCCUCCCUCCUCCAGCCCCUCCUACCCCGCCAUACCUCUUCUUGCUUCUCUGCCGCGAGAACUUCUUUCUCUCUUCCUCAACUUGUGUCUUCUUCCAACACUUUCCGAACUUCUCGAUUCUUCUCAGCAACCUCCGCAAUCAUGGGCAACAAGGUCUACUUCGACAUUGAGUGGGAGGGUCCCGUCUUCCAGAACGGCAAGCCCACCAGCACCGUUCAGGAGCAGAAGGGUCGCAUCAACUUCAACCUCUUCGACGACGUGGUCCCCAAGACCGCUGAGAACUUCCGUGCUCUCUGCACUGGCGAGAAGGGCUUCGGCUACAAGGGUUCUUCCUUCCACCGAAUCAUCCCCGAUUUCAUGCUUCAGGGCGGUGACUUCACCCGUGGCAACGGAACCGGUGGCAAGUCCAUCUACGGCGAGAAGUUCGCUGAUGAGAACUUCCAGCUGAAGCACGACAAGCCUGGUCUGCUGUCCAUGGCCAACGCUGGCCCCAACACCAACGGCUCUCAGUUCUUCGUCACCACCGUUGUCACCUCUUGGCUCAACGGCCGCCACGUCGUCUUCGGCGAGGUCGCUGACCAGGAGUCCCUCGACGUUGUCAAGGCUCUUGAGGCUACUGGCUCUGGCAGCGGCAACAUCAAGUACCAGAAGCGCCCUACCAUCGUCGACUCUGGUGAGCUGUAA